AUGGCCAAUACGAACAGCUCGCCUUUACUCGUGCCUGAAUUCGACAUUGACAAAGUGCUUCAGGAUCUUACCGGAAAUCCACCACUGCAUUCAUCCAUCACUACUGCAAGCAUACCACCAAUUCAAUCUGUAGAUUUGCCUGCAUAUUUACUCGAUGAUUUUCAACCGAGUAAUCCUGCUGCAUCCAACAUCUAUACUCCCAUCUCAGCACACUCUUGGAUGAAUCAUGACGAUGUGCAACCAUAUAUUCCAUCAAUAGAUAUGGAAACUACUGACGUUCAUGCUAGUCUUAUUCCCACCACUCGUGCCAAUCUAUCACAAUCAUAUUUGGACAAUCAUCCAAAUAGUUUUGGUUCAUUAGAUGAAGGCUCAAUGUUUCCUACACAGAGCAAUUUUGAUAAUAAUAUUUGGACCGAUUCAAAUCCUGGAGGCAAUGACUUGGACGAAAUAGAUGAAGAUGAUGACGAUGAGGUGCCAGAUAAGAUUGGGCAAGUCAAAACUAAUUUAAUUUACAGCCAUAUUCAUAAAAUUGGAAAUCUGAUAUUGGAUCUGUAUUUUAUACUAAUCUUUUUAUUUGGCGAUUACCAUCGUGAUGAUAUGGUGUGUCUAUGGAUCUUUACUGAAUUUAGCAUUCAGAUGAAUGCUGCAAUCGAGUUUGCUGGAUCCACUCAUAACUACAGUCAAAUUCUCUGGGAGGAAGAUGAGGAAGCUCUACGUGAAAUUGGAGAGCAUCUUGGCGAAGAUGCCGAUUUUUUAUUUACUGGAAAAAUGGGACGAAAUUCAAAAAAACGUCGCGGUAAAGGUCGGCGAUUUGCAAAGGGUCAAAGCCAAGCAAAAACAAGAAUACCAGAAGCUCUCCAAUCUACUUUUGGAAAAGCUAAUCUUGCUUACACCAUGGGUCAACACGAUGAAGCAAUUAAACAGUUACAUGAAAUUAUUCGUCAGGCUCCAAAUGCCCAGCCUGCUUGGUCUACGCUUGCAAUGGUACAUGAAGAGCUUGGCAACAAAUCAAAGGCAGUGCAAGCAUACCUUAUGGCAGCACAUCUUUUAUUUAAAGAUGCUGAAUUGUGGAAGCGCUUGGCCCGCAUGUCCGAGGAUAUUGGCGAUAUGAAUCAGGCACUCUAUUGCUUAAACAAAGCUGUGCGUGCAGAUCCUGACGAUCUAGAAUGCAAAUGGUCGCGUGCAUUAAUACAUCGGGAUCUUGGCCGAUUGGAGCAAGCGGCUUAUGGUCUUCAGGAUAUCCUUGAAAUCAUUCCAGACAGCGUGGAUGCUGUCAAGGAAUUGGCCCGCAUAUAUGUUUUACUUGAAGAUAUUCCACAGGCAAUUCGAUAUUUUGAGAGUUUGAUGAGCAUGGAUGAGGCUGAUUGCUUUCCUACUGCUGGCACGCAAGACGAAGAUGGUGUUGGAAAUGAUCUGGCACUAUUAGUGAAAGACACUGCACUUGAUGCUGCAAGUGAUCUUCCUGAUCAGUAUCGUAUGGGCUACGAAGAACUGAAUAUGCUUAGUGAACUAUAUAUUGAAGUUGGGGAAUAUGAAAAGGCGAUUUUUACUAUCAAGCAAGGAGUGCAUCGACUGUGUAAACUUCCAUUGACUGUGAUUGAUUGUGAUACAGAUAACGAGUUUGAUCCUUGUCUUGAAAACACAAUACAUCUUCCAAUCGAAUUGCGAACAAAGCUUGGAAUUUGUCGAUUGUACCUUGGAGACUCUACACUAGCCCAGUACCACUUUGAUAUACUAUAUGAAGAGGGCACAGAAACAUACAGUGAGCUCUAUUUCGACGUUGCCGAAGCAUAUAUGGGCUGUCGAAAGUUUGCUCCAGCAUUUGAAAUUCUCAAAGUUCUUACUCAAAACGAAUCGACCAAUGUCUCUGUUACUUGGUCCAGAAUGGCACGGUGUCAGCAUCAACUUGGAAAUAACACCAUGGCUAUUAAGCUGUAUCGAAAUGCCAGCAAAGCAGAUCCCGAUAAUGCUGAUUUGAAGAGAUCACUAGCAGAGAUUUAUGAAGCGUUAGGUGAUGAAACACAAGCGCUUAAUUAUUUUAAAGAAGCGGAUAUUGCUGAAAAUUUAUUGAAACAGGCAAAGUUGGAUGCAUCCAAAAUUCAGGGUAUUUCUAGCUCUCUUUUGACUGUUCAAGCUGAAGAGAAGCGAAGGCAAACACGCUUGGCUGCAGAUAAAGCCUUGAUACAUGCCCAAGAACAAGUACGCUAUUUUGAAAAUGUAGUCAAUUUUGAAAAGUUUAAACAGCUUUCAAAACUGCCUGUGCUUGAUUCACUACAAAAGAUUGAUUUGCUUCGAUGCUCACGAAAGCUCAUGUCUCGUUUUCAAAGCUCUCGGAUAUUUUACUCGCUAAAAAGCUGGGCAGCCGAACAGAUGCCAAGUGUAAACAAGAUUCCAGAUGAUUUUGACCAGCCAUUAGAACUAGAGUUCAACCUGAAUAUUAAUUCUGCUCAAUCUACUGAGAUUACUAGCAUAAAUUUUGAAUCCGUUGCAGAAGGUCUUACACUGAAUGAUUGGUUGAGUGUAUUUAUAAAGUACGCUGUUAUUAUGGCUUCUGAUAACAAAGAGGAUGACGCACAUGCUGCUCUUUCGAUUGCUCUAGACUCUAUCGUGUUUUUUCAGUCCAAGCCAAAAAGAGCCUUUAUUAGAACAGUAAUGCUUUAUGUGGCAAUGUAUUCUAGAAACUAUGCUCGUAUUUCUGAGCUUUGCCGUCACUUGUCUCAAAAUAUGCCAUUUUCAGAUGACGCAUAUCGCCUAUAUUGUGCCAUGUUUUCUGCUGGGGCUGCGGCAUCAACUAUGCUCGCCAGUGGUGCCAAUCUCAAGUAUUUUUUUCGUCAGAUUCGACUAAAAAGUCACCAAAACAACACUAGCGAUACUCUUGCAACCAAAUUUCCACUUUUGCAUAUAUUGUAUGGUCACAUACUUUGUUUAGCACGUGUAUACAAUGGUGCUAUAGUUCACUACAUGCAUGCUUACUCUAUUGCGCCAAACGACCCAAUGACAAACUUUGCACUCGGAAAUGCACAUAUUCAUCGUGCAAUGCAGCGCAAAAGCGAAAGCAGACAUACUCAUAUUUCGCAGGGCUUUUCCUUUCUUUUUAAGUACGCAGAGCUUCGAGGAGAGAAUCUUGAAACGGACUAUAAUCUUGGUAGAGCAUUUCAUACAGUUGGUCUAUCUCAUCUAGCUGUUCAUUAUUACCGCAAAAUAAUCCAAGCAAAAAAGUCGCGAUUUACUUGCUUUGCUGCUUACAACUUGCAUUUGAUAUAUUUGAGCGUUGGAUCGAAUGGUCUUGCACAUAAAGUUCUUCAGCAAAACUGUACACUUUAG